GAUUACGAUGAAAGAUUAAUUAAACAAUAAGCUAAAUAUAACACAUUAUAAGGUGUUUAUAAUAUCAAUUACAUGGUAUUAAUCUCCAAAAUUAUACAAAGCAUUACUCACCAUAAACAAAGAUAGACACAUUUCUAAAUGUAUCAAAAAGAGAUAAAAGCCUUUGUUUGGUAAUAAUCAUAAAACCAUAUCCUAGUGUAAUUUCAACGUAAAAACUCCCAUCAAAUCGUUCUUCGUCACCUUUUUAGGCGUACAGCUGACGCUGCAAAGAAUUGAAAAAAAAACAUGUUAAAAAUUAGAGUUUAACGACCAAAUGGAAGGUUUUUAACCUGAUCAUACCACCAGAUUUUAUUUAUUUUUGUGGGAUACAGUUAAAAAAUGUUGGAACCAAGUGAAGCAUCAACAAAUACCCACCCUACGGAUAGGAGCCCCCUUGUUGGAACAACAUUUAUGAAACGAUUAUCAAAUAUUUUUAGCAAAAAUGAACCAAGACAAAGUGAAGGUUAUGUUGAAUUUGGUUCGAUUACCGAACAAUCAGAGCAGAGAACAUUGGGGACCUUUGCAGGGGUUUUCAGUCCUGUUACAUUAUCUAUGUUUUCUGCUUUAAUAUUUCUUCGUGUUGGGUACGUUGUUGGAAAUGCUGGGUUAUUAGUUACUUUACUCCAAUUUGUUAUCGCCUAUGCAAUUUUGGUGUUUACCGUUGCAUCAAUUUGUGCUAUUUCAACUAAUGGAGCGGUCGAAGGAGGUGGAGCGUAUUUUAUGAUUAGUCGAACUUUAGGACCGGAAUUUGGCGGUUCAAUAGGAACUUUAUUUUUUCUUGCAAACCUCGUAAGUAGUGCAUUAUACAUAACAGGUUGUGUGGAAGGAUUAAUGGAAAAUUUUGGGCCAUCCGGAUAUUUAAUCAAAGGACUCAUAAACGAUGGCCGUUGGUGGCAAUUUUUGUAUUGCUCUGGUUUAAACACAUUAAAUUUAGUCGUUUGCUUAAUUGGAGCAAGUAUGUUCGCUAAAACUACAGUGUUUAUAUUAAGUAUUGUUUGUACAUGUUUGGGAUUUACGAUAUUUAGUUUUUUAUAUCAAGGGCCAAUGGAGGUUUCACUUCCUGAUUCAAACACAAUAGUUGGAAAUAUAACCAUGGGAAAUUAUACAGGAUUACGUAUAGCUACACUAAAUGAAAACCUUUACUCAUAUUAUGGCAAAGAUUACACAGCUCAUGGGGAGUUAGUUACGUUUGCGUCAGUUUUUGGUGUUUUAUUCUCUGGAGUUACUGGCAUCAUGGCUGGAGCAAAUAUGAGUGGAGAAUUGAAAAAUCCAGGAAAAUCAAUACCAAGAGGAACUUUAUCUGCUAUUGCAUUCACCUUUGCCAUUUAUUUAACACUUUCUUUAUUAACUGCUUUUACUAGCAGUCGAUUUUUAUUACAAAAUAAUUACUUAUUUAUGACUGGUGUUAAUAUUGUACCAGCAAUGGUCGCUUUAGGAUUAUUUACUGCUACUUGGUCUGCUUCUUUAAGUAAUGUUAUCGGGGGAUCUAGAGUUAUUGAAGCAUUAGCUAAAGAUAAAGUUUUUGGAUCAUUUCUAUCAUUUAUUCCAAAAGGUACUUGGCGUAACAAUCCAAUUUUAGCGGUUGUUUUAUCCUGGCUUUUAGUCCAAUUGGUUCUUUUGAUAGGUUCCUUAAACAUAAUCGCCCAAUUAAAUUCGGUUCUAUUCUUAUUGAGUUAUUUAGCAACAAAUAUGGCUUGUUUAGGUUUAGAAUUAUCGGGAGCUCCAAAUUUCCGCCCAUCCUUUAAGUAUUUUACGUGGCACACAGCCUUUUUAGGACUAGUAGGGACCUUAAUUAUGAUGUUUGUUAUCUCGCCAAUUUACGCAGCUUGUAGCAUUUUGCUUUGUUUAAUUUUAAUAAUUUUCCUCCAUCUUUUUUCCCCAACUAAAGAAACACAAUGGGGUUCAAUUUCUCAAGCGUUAAUCUUCCAUCAAGUUCGUAAAUACUUAUUAAUGUUAGAUUCAAGAAAGAACCAUGUUAAAUUUUGGCGCCCUCAAGUAUUAUUGCUUAUUAAUAGCCCGAGAACGUCAUGUCCUUUAAUUGAUUUUAUAAAUGAUUUAAAAAAGGGUGGUUUAUACGUUUUGGGACACGUUGUAACCGAAGAUCCGAAUACGAACGAACCGGAUGCUGCAUUAGAAUUAACACCGCAUUGGUUGAAUUUGGUUGAUCAUUUAAAAGUGAAGGCUUUUGUUGAAUUAACCGUUGCUCCAACUGUUCGGGAAGGAUUGCAACAUUUAAUGAGAUUAUCUGGAAUGGGAGCAAUGAAACCGAAUACUAUUGUGCUUGGAUUUUUAGAUAAACAUGUUUCAAACGAUUUUUUAAGUAAUGGCGAUUCACCUUAUCUCAGUACAAGUUUUACGCAAAAUAUUUUUCCUAUUAAAACACAACAUAAUUUGGAAUCUGUGGAAUAUGUUCAAAUGAUGAGUGAUGUUUUGAGGAUGAAUAAAAAUUUAUGUGUUUGUAGGAAUUUUUUUAAGCUUAACAAAGAUAAAAGAACUUUUAGGAAUGGUACUAAACAAUACAUUGAUGUUUGGCCUGUUAACUUCAUAUUGCCAAAUGAGAACGACGCUUUUGACACAACAUCUUUAUUUAUGAUGCAAUUAGCUUGUAUUGUUAACAUGGUACCGAUGUGGAGUCGUGCAAAAUUAAGAGUUUGCGUUUGUGACGAAGUUCGUCAAAGCAAUUUUAGUUUAACGAGUACCACUCAACCGAAAUACGAUCGUUUGCGGGCUUUAUUAAAAAUUUUACGCAUUGAAGCUGAAUUGUAUCCGAUUGGUGUGUGGAAUGAAGUUAUUGAAUCUCAAUCUAAUGAUGUCCCAGCUUAUUUACACAAUGUUAAUAAAAUGAUUUUGGAUCAGUCUAAAAAUACGGCGGUAACUUUCAUUUACUUACCAUCGACUCCAACGCACAUCAAUGAUUCUUCUAUGUAUUUGGAUAUGUUGGAAGUGAUUACAGAAAAUUUGCCGCCGACAAUCUUGGUGCAUGGAGUUAGCACGGUGACGUCAACCACACUGUAACAAGUAACAACAUUAUUUGAUUUUAAAUGGAUAAUUAAGUGAUAUAAUAGGGAAAUUUACAAAAAUAUUUUAAUAAAAUUAUUCUAAUUCAA